AUGCUCAAGCAUGGCGCCAUUCGCCAGGGCAUUCCUCGUUGCGCCAGGUCGUAUCUAUCUAGAAGACUGUAUGCAUCGGUGACAGAUUUGGAAGCUUAUCCCAAGCCUGGAGAGAGGAUACAUGGUUUUACAUUGAGGGAAAUCAAGCAUGUCCCAGAGCUACACUUGACGGCGUUGAGGUUGGAGCAUGACAAGACUGGCGCAGAGUACCUCCAUGUCGCGCGAGACGACAAGAACAAUGUCUUUGCAAUCAACUUCAAAACCAAUCCUACCGAUAGAACAGGUUUGCCGCAUAUUCUCGAGCAUGUCACACUGUGUGGGAGCGAAAAGUAUCCCGUGAGGGAUCCUUUUUUCAAGAUGAUGCCGAGAUCUUUGGCCAAUUUCAUGAAUGCAUUUACAUCUUCCGACUACACCUCAUACCCGUUCGCCACCACAAAUCUGCAAGACUACCGCAAUUUGUCUUCGGUAUACAUGGACGCAACUCUCCACCCGCUGCUGAAACGCUCAGACUUCUUGCAAGAGGGAUGGCGCCUUGGCCCUGAAGAUCCACGAGGGCCGCCAACAGAGGACAAUAUUAAGUUCAAAGGAGUUGUCUACAAUGAGAUGAAAGGGCAGAUGUCGGAUGCUAGUUAUCUUUUCUACAUCAGAUUCAGAGAGCACCUCAUACCCUCUCUACACAAUUCUGGUGGUGAUCCCGAGUUCAUGACUCAGCUCACGCACGAUCGGCUCGUCGACUUCUCUCGCAAGAACUAUCAUCCCAGCAAUGCAAAGAUAUUUUCAUACGGAAGUUUAAGCCUCGCCGAACAGCUUCAGUAUGUUGACAAGACCAUAUCAAAAUUCGAAAAGGGAACGCCGGACUUGGAGAUCAAGAUGCCAAUCAGUUUUUCCCAUGGCCCCCUAUCUUUUGAGGUCCCUGGCCCGGUUGAUACAAUGCAACCCUCUGACCGGCAAUUCAAGUCUUCUGUUUCCUGGAUGGGCUGUCUUUCUUCAGACAUUGUCGAGACCUUUUGUGUGAGCAUAAUGAUGUCAUUGCUGAUGAAUGGCUAUGGCUCUCCUCUGUACCAAGGAUUAAUCGAAUCGGGAUUGGGAACCAAUUUCAGCCCAAAUUCCGGUUACGACGGCUCCACAAGGGUCGGAGUGUUCUCGAUUGGGCUCGAUGGCAUGAAGGCUGACGAUAUUGUCGGAUUGAAACAGAGCAUUCAGGGGAUAUUGCGGGACAAGGCUCACGAAGCAUUUCAGCCAAACAAGAUCGAAGGUUAUAUGCAUCAGCUAGAGCUUUCAUUAAAGCACAAGACCGCCAAUUUUGGAAUGGGUCUGCUAGAAAAAACUCUUCCUGGGUGGUUCAACGGAGUGAACCCAAUGGAUGCGCUGGCAUGGAACGAAAUCAUUGACGCUUUCAAACAACAGAUGAAAGAAGAAAAUUACCUUGAGCGUCUUGUACGAAAAUAUCUCCUGAACGACAACUGCAUGCAAUUCACAAUGAGCCCUUCAGAAUCUUAUGGCGUCACCCUAGACAUACGGGAAGAAGAGCGGAGAAAGACCAUUCUAGACACCAUCAAGAAGACCGCCAGCUCACCCGAAGCCGCCAUUGCUGAGCUUGGUCAACAGGAACUCCAGCUCGUCGAGGAACAAGAAAGGGCCCAAGACAAGAAUUUGGACACCCUCCCCUCUCUCAGUGUUAGCGAUAUUGCCCGGGAGAAGGAGAGGAAACCACGAUAUCACUUGAAAAUUGGUGAUGUGGACUGCAUGUGGCGUGAAACUGAGACGAACGGCAUCACGUAUUUUCAAGCAAAGUAUCUUUUCAAGAACCUUCCUAACGAGCUGAGGCUUUUGGUGCCACUAUUUGCGGACUCACUGCUGCGAUUGGGCACCGAAACAAUGUCUGUGGGAGACCUCGAGGCUGAAAUCCUUCUUAAAACUGGCGGCAUAACGGUUUCGUCAUUUGCGGCGCCCGACCCGUGGAGCCUGGACAAAUGCAAAGAAGGUCUCUUGAUUGACGGAUAUGCGCUCGACAGGAAUGUUCCAGCAAUGUUCGACCUAAUCCGGACGCUGUUAUUGGACGUCGACUUUACCAGGCCGGGGGCUGUUGCCGCGAUUCGCGAACUCCUUGAAUCUAAAGCAUCAGGCGCGCUGGACGCAGUUGCAGAAAGUGGUCACCACUUCGCCAUAACGAGCGCUUCUGCUGCCCUGACGGAGAGAGGGCGGAUUCAAGAUCAACUUUCUGGUCUUUCGCAAAUGGAGUCUACUGCCCGCAUACUGGACGCAGCCAGACGAGACCCACAGACUCUUGAGCACGUUAUCCAAGCUCUGCGAACCAUUCAAUCGAUAGCAGUCGCCAACUCAGCCGAUCUGUCUGUGCGUGUUGUGUGUGAACCUGGCUCAGUGAAGAAUAAUCGAGAUCUGAUCGAGAGAUUUCUUGCGCAACUGCCGCAAGGUCAAGUAUCAUUCAGAAAUCCAGCCCUUUCAGACACCGUACCGGGCUCGUCAUUUUCAAGGCGAACAUUCUUCGACUUGCCAUUUCAGGUCUCCUAUACAGGAACAUGCCUACAAACUGUACCCUAUCAUUCGCCAGACAAAGCACCACUCACGGUGCUUGGCCAGCUCCUUGUCCACAACUUCCUCCAUCCAGAAGUCCGAGAAAAAGGUGGCGCAUACGGCGCAUCAGCUAGCGCAAGCCCUAUCAGUGGAUUGUUCACCUUGUCUUCAUACCGGGAUCCUAAUCCUCGCACUUCGUUGAGCGUGUUCAAGCGCGCAGGAUUGUAUGCCCGCGACAAAGACUGGAGCAGUCGAGAACUUGAGGAGAGCAAACUCAGCAUCUUUCAAGGCAUUGACGCUCCCAGAAGCGUGAGCAGUGAAGCAAGCAAAGAGUUCAUGUACGGCAUCACGGAGGAUAUGGACCAGGAGAUGCGCAAGCGCUUACUAGGCGUCACGAAGGAGGCUGUUCAAGCGGUCGCCCAGAAGUAUCUCGUGGAACUCUCUUCGGAUUUGAUGUCCGUGUGUGUGCUUGGGGAGAAGAAAGACUGGGUCGAGCGGGAUCCCGAUCGAUGGCAGGUUAAAACCUUGAAGAUGUCGGUCGAGGGCUAG